AUGGCAAGCAAUAUUGCUGAAAAUUACAUUCAAGAAAUAGUGAUAGUAGAGAUUCUCUCGAGACUGACUGUGAAAUCAUUGUUGCGGUUCAGAAUUGUUUGCAAAUGUUGGUACACUCUUGUCAAGAAUUCUAAUUUCAUUAGUAAACACCUCCAUAGCCACAGCAAUACUCGUCUGCUUAUGCAGCGCUACACAUACAAAAUCCAAAAAUAUGCUUUGGCCUCAUUUCCUUAUGAAAAAAUUUCCAUCACACCUUCUCUAUUUGAUGAUCUUGAUAAACUUGGAAUACCCAGAAUUCUAUGUGUUAACGGUCCUUUUCACGGAAUAUUUUGUGUCUGGGAUCGUCUCCACUUAGCUCUUUGGAACCCUUCUUUGAAAGAAUUCAGGUCUCUCCUUGUACCUCAACCCAAAAUUCCAUCCACUUACACAGCCUACUGUUUUUAUUCUGGAAUGGGGUUAGAUCCAAUAACCAACCAUUAUAAGUUGGUUUGGAUUCGAUUAUUCUGGGAUGAGAUAAAUGAUGAUCCAUACAUUCCUACAGUUAUUGCAAUAUAUACCUUAAAUACUCAUUCUUGGAAUCUCUUCGAAGUUGAUGUGUUUGGAAAAGGUUACAUACACGAGUGUAUGUGUAACACAUACAUGGAUGGAGUUCAUUACUGGUUGACCAGUGACGAUGAUAACAACUAUGUUCUCUUUUCAUUUGACAUGAACAGUGAAAUUUUCCAUGAAACGCGGACACCUCCAGAUAUUCCCAAAUCUCAAUUGGGAGUUCUUUCCAUGUGUAAUGAUUAUAUUGCUAUGUUUUUCUACAACCCAAGUGAAGUAGUUGAGAAAGACUUCGAUAUAUGGUUGAUGAAGGAGGAGGGGAGUUGGACAAAACGAUUUACAAUCGGACCAUUUCGAGAUGUAGAUUCACCUCUAGGAUUCUGGAUAAAUGGAGAUGUUUUAUUCGAAACAGGCACAGCACAACUAGUUUUUUACUAUCCUGAUUGUCAAGAAAUCAAGUAUGUUGGACCUUUUGGAAAUUACUGUUCGGUUCAUGUUUGGGUCUACAAGGAGAGCCUAGUUGCAGUAAAAGGAGAAAAUGAAUGCUGGGAAGAAGAUGUUUGGUCAAUCACUUCAGUGAAUGAUGCUGAAGCUUCGCCGACCACCGGAACAGCCAUGACCAACUCCAUAGCUGCCGUCGAUGAGCCCUUACAUUUUUUAGCUCUCUGCCAUGAUUCUGCCGCCGCCGACCACGUCCGUGGUGGUGACGAUGGGUUCAUGGUGGCCGUCAAUGGAGCAAAGUGA